UCUUAGAGGAGCUAUCUCCCAAUGAUCACGAGAACCGGCAUUACUGGCCAUUCAUACUCAACCUUAUUCACAACGCACUUUCCAUCUACGAGGAUUAAGCUCAGGUUAGGCAAGUAACGCUGAACAGGAAGAAUGAAGGUUUUACACGCAGUACUCGUGCUUGCCUUCGCAAUGUUAGCGUCAUCAUCGACAGUGGAACCUGAGUCAACAACAGUAACAUCACCUUCGUCAAUCAAUGUGACCACGUCUUCUCUCGGUAUUCCAGAUAACGCCCACGCUGCGGUAAUUACGAAAAUGAAAGACGCUGUGGAUAAGAGGAUCCAGUCGCUCAAGGACUAUGUUGUAGAGAGUCAAGGAAGCAUUCCAAAGGCGCCUCCUUUCGUGAAGGCCAGCUACCAACUCGGAGCUCUGGAGCUGAACAGGAUCGGUCAACUCGUAACUAAAAUAGGAAACACAGCUAAAACAACCGCGAGGAAUGUGAAACGAAAGCUAGAAAUCAUGGCUAUUGUCCUCGGUCCGAUCCGUUACAGCUCCGACAAGAUUAAGAAGUACGCCGAUGGCAUUAGAAAAUUUGGGAACACCACCGCUGAGGUUCAGGCUGUGAAGUUUGUGAGUGAUAUUGUUCGUGACUUUACCGGAACUCAAAAACCUUCGACGCACGAUGAAGCUGUGCUCCAGGUUGCCGAACUCAUUGGAUCAGCAGGGGAAAGCAUCAAGGACACGGCCCGCAGUCUCGGUCUUCUUUCAAAACUUGACGAAUACCAGCUGACAUCGAAUGAAAAAAAGUUCGUGAGACGCAUUGCGUCUGCCUUGGGUAGCAAGUAACGGCUAACGAUAUGGCUCGCAUCUACAAGCUGGAAGCGGAGAUCACAUAAUAAGCACAGAAUGAUCAUUUUGUCAACACUACGAGACAGGAGACCCAAAGAACUGUUCCUGAGCUUAAAUUUGACAAAAUUUAGUUUCAAGGGAGUUUACGUGAGGUUCUUCCGUAAACAUUCGUAAUAAAAAUAUCACGACCUUAUAGUCAAUAUUUAAAAAAAAUUAAAAAGUGAGUCAUGGCUUCUGCAGGAAGAAGUUCUGUAAAUGAGGUUCUGUUUUGAUAUGAUAUGUGUACGAGAGAUGUCCGGGUUGCCCCAUUGUCAGAUUCUUAUUUAACUGUUAGUCUUGUAUUUGUGAAUAAAAUAAAAGGAGUAUUGAUUCUUACA